CCGGUGCCCCUGGGCCGGUGCCGACUCGCUCCGUGUCUCUCCGCAGGGCGUUUCUUCUACCAGCGGCUGGUGGAGUUCAUGGCCAGUGGCCCCAUGUGGGCUUACAUCCUGGCCCACGAGAAUGCUGUCCCUCUCUGGAGAUCCCUGAUGGGACCCACUAAAGUGUUCCGAGCCCGACACAGCGACCCAGACUCCAUCCGAGGUGCCUAUGGCCUCACAGACACCAGGAACACGACCCAUGGCUCAGAUUCACCUGCCUCAGCCAGCAGAGAAAUUGCCUUUUUCUUCCCCGAGUUCGAUGAGCGGCGCUGGUACGAGCAGGACGAGCCCCGGCUCCGCCGCGGGCAGCUGUUCUACAGCCCCGAGGAGCGUGUGCACCGUGUGCUCAGGGCACAGGAGGCAGACGUGACCUGAGUUACCCCUGGUACAGAUCCAGGGAUUUGCGGGACAUCACUGCUGUCCCUGUCCUCAGCAGUGUCGAGUGGAUCUGCUCAGGAUCCUGUGUGUCUUCACACAGGUCUGAGAGCUGCUGUCCCCCGUGCUGUUGAUAUUUUAUUGAUGCUUUAUCAGUUGUUUCAUUGAUUCUUGGAGGAUUUGCUUAGAGCUGUGUGUUUUUCUUGUAACUAUUAAACUUUACUAUUUUUCACUUUUC